AAACUUUGGCAGAAAUAAUUAAGCAGGCAGGUGGUCACAUUUUAUCUUCAGCUUCUGUAAAUAUUUACACAAUCCUAUCGGUAUAGUCGUGUGCCGAGUUGAACUCGGGCAAUGCAAAGAAUCACUAAACUGUAUGAAUCCUGGAUUUUUCACCCUCUCAACGAAGCUCGAAAUUGUAUGCAGGUAAUUUCGUUAAAUAUAUAAUCUAAAAAGGAAUGUAAAUGAUGAAAUAUGCCAUUGUGCAUGAUUCAAAUGCAGUGCACUAUUAUAGCUUGCUAACCCUGCGGCGAAAAUGAAUUGAUGACACUUCAAGUACCGGGUAUAUUAAAGUUUUAACACCCAUCUACAUGUAUAUUGUUUGUAUUCCUUUUAUAUGUAUUAGUCACACAUAUAAUAUGAAAUGAUUGAACAACAUCCUACGCAAAGAGAUCAUGAAUCUUGAGACGAGUAUAUUUUACAAUGCUAAUAGCAUAGCGAUAUAAAAUGAAGGAUGGUAUGGGAGCAAGAGUAUGUUGUUGGCAGAUAUAUACUUGGCGAAAUCAGAAAGGAUUUGUUAAAAACAUUCAGACAGACUGUAAACCUCCGCCCAGUCCCUCAAACUCUAAAGGUAGCAUGACUUGGUCACCUAGCCAAGUACUGAUCACGCUCGCCGUUGAAUAAAACGUGAUCGACGUUGAUAUAGCUAACUCACUAACUAUCUGUAAAUAGCAAGCUAUAGUAAGUUCCCUUACAGUGGGUAGAUAUAUCUAACUCACUAACUGCCUGUAUAUAGCAAGCUAUAGUAAGUUCCCUUACAGUGGGUAGAUAUAUCUAACUCACUAACUGCCUGUAUAUAGCAAGCUAUAGUAAGUUCCCUUACAGUGGAUAGAUAUAUCUAACUCACUAACUGCCUGUAUAUAGCAAGCUAUAGUAAGUUCUCUUACAGUGGGUAUAUAUAUCUAACUCACUAACUACCUGUAUAUAGCAAGCUAUAUAUAGUAAGUUCCCUUACAGUGGGUAGAUAUAUCUAACUCACUAACUACCUGUAUAUAGCAAGCUAUAGUAAGUUCUCUUACAGUGGGUAUAUAUAUCUAACUCACUAACUGCCUGUAUAUAGCAAGCUAUAGUAAGUUCCCUUACAGUGGGUAGAUGUAUCUAACUCACUAACUGCCUGUAUAUAGAAAGCUAUAGUAAGUUCCCUUACAGUGGGUAGAUGUAUCUAACUCACUAACUGCCUGUAUAUAGAAAGCUAUAAUAAGUUCCCUUACAGUGGGUAUAUAUAUCUAACUCACUAACUGCCUGUAUAUAGCAAGCUAUAUAUAGUAAGUUCCCUUACAGUGGGUAGAUAUAUCUAACUCACUAACUGCCUGUAUAUAGCAAGCUAUAGUAAGUUCCCUUACAGUGGGUAGAUGUAUCUAACUCACUAACUGCCUGUAUAUAGCAAGCUAUAGUAAGUUCCCUUACAGUGGGUAUAUAUAGUAAGUUCCCUUACAGUGGGUAGAUAUAUCUAACUCACUAACUGCCUGUAUAUAGCAAGCUAUAGUAAGUUCCCUUACAGUGGGUAGAUGUAUCUAACUCACUAACUGCCUGUAUAUAGCAAGCUAUAGCAAGUUCCCUUACAGUGGGUAUAUAUAGCUAACUCCCUAACUACCUGUAUAUAGCAAGCUAUAUAUAGUAAGUUCCCUUCCAGUGUCAGUUGCGUCCUGCAACUGUUCCUAUGCACAGAUCGCUUCCGAAAUAUCAGCAGCACUUGCCAGAUAUUUUAAUGUGUUCUAUGUACUAUAGUUGACAUAAAAACAAUAGAAAUGUUCUAAAUUUAAACAAAGUACUUUUGCACGUGUAUAUAUAUUUUUUGCGAGAAAUAUAUAAAAAAACAAAAAACUUUCUGAGUAAUUACGGCAAAAAUUAAGACGGAACUGCAAUCAUUCCGGAAGUUGCUCACGUCAAAACAAAGCAUACUAUUUCAAGCAACAGUUUUGUAAUCAUUAUAGAAAAAGUACACCUGGUUGUUAAAAUCGUAGCCCUGACUUCCUUUUUAUAAUGUCAAAGAGGAAAUGAUCUUGAAGAGAAAUAUUGAUUAUUGUGAAGGGGUUAUUGUUCAGCAACACGCAGGCCCUUGUAUUACAUAACUAAUAUUCCAUCAGAAUAACAACCUUUAAAUUAGUUUCUUCUUAACUUCCCACUACGAUCGACGUUUCCUCGUUAUCCAUUGUCUUGGAGUGGAAUAAUGAAAAACACAGCGCAAUCUUUGUUUGACUGUAACACUAGCACCGAUCACCAAUGCAGCGAUCAAGAGUACCGGACACAUAUAUAUUCAAAUCCAGAUGCAUUAUGGGACAUGUUCCCUUGUCCACCUCCAUGGAAACCAGAGUUGAUAUUAGAGUUACCUUGGAAAGAACGCCUGGGUGAUGAAGAUGGAGACAGACUUUGUACAAAAGUAGCUAACCGCUGCGGUCUCGAUCUACACAAAUUGCAAGCACUAGCAUUGCAGGAUUCACUCAUCUUUAGUGACUGUGAUAUAAAAUGUUUUAUUGGCCUACUGGUGGGAUUUUUAGUGACAGUGUGUUUGUGUGUGGCUAUAGUGACUUUCUUCAUAAGAAGGAGGAAGAAAUCCCCCAAAAUACCUCAUCACAAGGAUACUCGAGUCAUUCUUACCACCAACGGUGUACAUACGAAAUUAAUGAAUGGAGAAAGUAGUCCCAUUGAGAAGAAAGAAAAAUCUAAUUUCGACUUUUCCCGUUUCUGGUGUCGUAGUAACAUUUACGAGUCCGACGACGUAAAACGCCAUAGGAGUGACAUAUCUGAAAACGAGUCUUUAACCUACAGCGGAGGGGAUACUUCACACACGUAUGAAUCUGUUAAUACCAGUGACAAGAGCUCUUAUCGAAUGUCGGAUUCAUCUAGGAAUCCUCGUCUGAGCGAGGAAAUAAUGCUAGAACUGAAGGAGAAAUACAGUUUCAGAAAUUCAGAUUCCUCCCAUUCAUAUCAACCCCAAAGAGUUACCUCCCCUGUAUCUAACCUGUUGUAUGAAAUGCGAAGCCCCAACCAGCCUGUAAGUAAUGCGCUUUACCAAACUAGACGUUGUCAAUGUGGUGCUUGUUCUCUUCAGUCGACCAAUCAUAUUCCGCGUAAUUGUCCGUGCAAUAUUUGUAACCAAUCAAAUUCAUCAAUUCCAUACAGAGGACAGUUUAUAGAUAUUGGACAAAAUUAUAAUGUCCAACAACUUAACGCUUAUCCUUCAUCGUGCCAUUGCUAUCCAAGAUAUAUAGAAGAGCACAAUUUGAAAGGACAUCUUGAGUUUGAAAAUUUUCCAUACGCAGACGACAAAAUUCAUUCAGGUGUUCAAAGUCAUUCCUUAUAUUACACAGAUAAAGAAAAUACAAAUUUUCGCCUAAAUAGCGGCUGCAGUUGUAAACAAUGUGCUCAGCAGAGAUUUACAGUUUCUGACGAGGGUCAUUCGACAUAUUCAGUAGAAAGUGACAUAUACGGUGUUCCCAAAACUGAUCUGAAAUAUCCCAGAGAAAUACAUUGUAACUGUCGUCAAUGUACAAAAAUGAUUCCUAUAACUACUUACACCAAACGACUAUCGAGAACAGGAGAGUAUAGUCAAAUGGAUAAUGCUGAGAUGCAAUUCAUAUCGACAGACGACAUCGUCGAUAGCGAUGGUCCGGAACACAGAAAGCGCAGGCGCAGUAAACCAAGACCACCUAUUUCCUCAACAGCCUCUUCAUCCGAUAACACAGGAAGUGAAAAAUCUUUUAGAAGUGGAAAACUGAAAACCAACGGUUCCCUCUUUAAUUCGAAGUUAAUCAGCAGAUAGCAUCAGAAUCCUUCAUUAUGAAAUGUUGAAUGAAGCUUGUGCUUCGUAUCUCUACAGAGGCUUGGUAUGGUGUAUCUUUCAGAUUACUGGAUGAAUUCAAACGAAAUGGUGUUAAAUCUGUCUAAGUCUUUGAUGCGAAAUCUAUGUUCUCAAUAUGUUUGCUUAUCUGCAUUGGUGUUCUAAUUCGUGAUGGUACAAUAUUUUUCGAUGGUACACAGAUACUAGUAUUAUAAACUGAAGAGUGUUUUCUGCUUUCGUUGCAUUCCAGCUGAAAGUGAUGAUGUAAUAAAAUGAACGAAAAAUA